UUGGGAGCGCGCGCUGCGUUUCCGCGCUGUCAUUGUUUCCGUUUCCACCUCCGAGAAGCCUCACGCCCCCACAUAUCUUUGUGUAUUGCCUUCAGACUGUCGAGUUGCAUUUAGUUUGGGAUACCUUUAGUCGGUGAGGAGUUCAUUUUCUUUUGAAUCAUGGGGGACAUCGAGGCUCCCAACUCGAGCCAGCCGCGCCCGAGUAUCUUACUCUCCGUUCUUCCGAGCAAAGAGUUCGCCUCUUCAAGGAAAGGAAUGCUGCUUAUUGCUGAAGUGGCUCUGUCCUUCGUAUCGUUUGUGUGUUUCGCUGCAUCCACAGCAGCAGCCUUUGUGACAGUUCCUCUGCUGGAGUUCCUGGCUGCUCUCUUCUUGCUGUUUGCAUACUCCACCAAGUUCAACGAGAGGUUUAAGGGCUUCCUCUGGCCUCUAAUGGAUUUCAUGAGAUGUGUGACGGCCUCCAUCAUCUUUUUUAUCAUUUCCAUUAUGGCAGUGUCUAAAUAUGUGGAUGGUUCCUCCAAGGCAGCCGGGAUAUUUGGGUUCAUUGCCACCAUCGUAUUUGCUUUAGAUUUUUACCUCAUUUUUAAUGAGCUGGCCACUUUCCUAAAGCAAGGAGGGGAGUCCAACGAUGAGCCGUCGAGACAGCAAGAUGAAUAUUCAGACUCUGAUUCAGACUGAGACCACACUGAUCCUCAACCCUUUGCAGAAGACAUGGCUGUAGCUUCACUGUCAUCUGCAAGUGUUUCAUCAAGCCUCAUGGUUACGUUAAUACUGUGUACAGUUGAAAUCACAUUAAGCUCACAUUGACUGUUGGUUCAUUAAGUGCAUUCAUUUGGCAGUUUGGGGACUUUUCAAGCAGUCUUCUAGAGCCAGGCAUUUAUCCUCUUUGAAUAAAUGAUGAAUAAAUGGUGUUUUACACAUUUAUCAUAUCAACAAAUUCAGGAAACAAAACUAUUGUUGUUUUUUAACCACUAAAUGCUCAUUACAAAUGGUAUGGAGACUAAAUCAUUUUCCAUUCACACCUUUAUAUCCAACGUCUUUUUGGGAAAAAAAUGUAAAUUAAAUGAUCAACCUGACUUUUUUAACUAUUACAAAGCUGUGAAACUUGUCUGGUCUUGUACUUGGACUUUGUAGAGGUUGUUUCUACAUUUGGAAGUAUUUGUUUAUUUAGAAAAGAAUUCAUUUUGACUUUUAGGGAAUGUGCCAUGACAAUAUUUACAUAAAUAUUAAACUACAACACUAAAUCAAUGCACUUGGUGAAUAAAUGUUCUAGAGUACUCAUAAUGAGGUUGUUACGUAGAAGCUUUGACAGAGGGCAUCAUCAACAUCAUUUAUCAUUUCACAGCAGAACUAUAAAAUAUAUGAGACCAGAUUGGUUGCAGGUUGGCUGGUUACAACCUUUGUCUAACUGCCUUUAUGCUUACAGGAGUGUAUUUUUAUUUUUAUAAUGUGAGGAUGAUGUUCGCUUAUCAGCCUUUAAAUAUGACUAUCAACAGAGUUCAUGUGGCUUGCUUUGCUGUGUGACAUCAAAACUUUUACUGGUUGUUUAUGAGUCCCAAAAUGUUCAUGUUUGAGAGUUGUUGUGUGGAUUUAGGUUUUUAGGUCAAACUUAUUCAGUUACCCCAAAUAUUGAGACACUGCUUUACUGUUUGUUUACUGUAUGUGCUUCUUCCAAACUGUCUGUAUGAAAAAUUGUGAAUUGAAGCUACGUGAUGCAGUAUUAUUUUUGUUGAAUUCUAAAUGCCCUGUAUGUGAAUCAUUGCUUCAUUUUUUCUUUUUUUAGUUGUGUAUUCAUCUUUUUUUUCAAUUUCUCAGCUACUGCAAAAUUAGAGGCACUAGAAAGCCACAGUGACUGUUUAUAAUGUAGCACAUGCUGCACUACCUAAGUGUUGCGAUGGUGUUGUAAAUUAAAUAUGAAAGACUGAAAAUUGGCACCUGUGGCUUUUAAUUUCCAUGUUGAAUUUCAACUUUUGUGCACCUAGAGGGCAUAAUAGAUGAGAAAAUACUUCCAAAGUUGUGGCUAUAUACAAUAAUUAAACACUAUUGUGCCUUGUAUGGGCUAAUUGUAAUAUUUUGUUACUUCAUUGAUUUUAUAACAGGUAUCGCUUUUUCAUAAACUGAGGAAACGGCACUGUUUCAAGCUUUGUGAUAAUAUGUUUUUCAAAUAGUCUAAGAAGUUUUUUUAUUAUUUAUCCUAAGAA